AUGUUAAACAACACAUCGUCUACCUCAGUAACCGGUACAGUCCAAUCAACUGUUGAUUCUGAAGAUGUUAAACGGCAUGCGAAACAGGCAGAUGAAUGGUGGAAUCCAAAUGGAAAUAUGAUGUUGCUUCACAACUUCAACUUACUUAGAGUGCCGUUCAUACGAGAUGGUCUUGUACCACCUUCUACAGAGAGGACAUUAGCUCCUCUUACAAAUAAAAGUAUUUUAGAUGUAGGCUGCGGAGGAGGGAUCCUGACCGAGGCAUUAGCAAGAAUUGGAGCAAAUAUGACGGGAAUUGACGCAAGUAAAGAGCUCAUAGAUGUAGCAAAACAACAUAGUGUAGCUAAUCCCAAGCUAAUUAAUCACCGACCAACAUAUUACUGGACCACAGUCGAGGAACACGCUGAGAAGUUUUGCAAUCAUUACGAUGCUGUUGUAGCAUCAGAAAUCAUAGAACAUGUAACAGAUAAGGAAUUGUUUGUUAAAUCUUGCAUUAAAGCACUAAAACCGGGCGGAAAGAUAUUUAUAACGACUCCAUCAAGAACGAGACUCGCACAAAUAUUUGUAAUAUACUUAGCGGAAUAUGUAUUUGGUAUUGUGCCCAAAGGAACGCAUGAAUAUGAAAAAUUCAUGACUCCAAAUGAACUGACAUUUUUAUUAGAAAGAAGUUAG